AGGUGAUAGAAACAGGAGCCUGGGGAUCCCUGCACACUGGGCACAGGGACGGGAGGCUGGGCCCUGCCUUGACCUCCCCACAGCAGUGUUUGUGCUGCAGAUGGUGGAGGGAGUGGGAGCUGAAGGGAAAGAGGGCCGCCCGCCCUGGGCCAGCUGUUGAUUGUGAUCCAGAAAAGGAAGUGAGGAUACCACAGGGGCGGGGAGAAGGAAGUAGGCCUCUCCCUCCCCCUCAGGUCUACUCAGUGCCCUCAGUUCACAGUUUUAGCCUGCUGGCCAUGAGCACACCUCUUGGUCCUCACAGUGAGGGCCCAGUCGGGGUUCCAGAAGUUGGAAGAUGGGUUCUUGGGGAAUUAGGUUCCAGGACCUUCAGCUUUAGAGAAUGUAAAGUUCUACUAAGAAGCCAGAAGGACCUGCCUAACGCCCAAGCAAGCAGAUGCUUAGUGGUCACGUGACCUGGGCCAAGCGCCCGACCGUCCAGUCUCAGAUUCUCCAACAGCUUCCUCCCUUCCUUCCUUCUUGUCAGGAAGCCGGAACAAGCCCCGUGAAGUACUUUGUCCACAGCCCCAGCGCUUGGAAUCACAGACAGGACAAGUCUGAGAGCUAGGGAGCCCCACCUGGUGGUGGAAGUGGAAGGGAGGCUGAGCCUGUCUGUCUGUCUGUCUGUCUGUCUGCCUGUCUGUCUCUUCCUUCCUCCCCUUCCUUUUUCCAGCCAGCCAUCAUCUUUUUUGGAAAGUUCCACUCCGGCAGGCGAGAGAUUCUAGAGAUACUCUCAGCAGCCUGGCAAGGGCAGUUCCUCAUUUCAGACCAGGAGAGACUAGUGGCCGUGUCUAGACCCUGGCCAGAGGUGGAGAGGAGCCCCGGCAGGGCGAGGUCUUCCGCACAUGGAGUCUCACCUAUGGUCCUAUGGCUAGCACAAGAUUUCUCCCUUCCUGCCUUCUUCUCAUCAUUUCCAUCCCGGGGGCCAUGAGCCACAACUCCUGUAUCUGGUGCUCCCGGAGUUCCCAGGAGUCCUUGUGCCCUGCAGCUCUUGGGGAACCAGGGAGCUGCCAGUCCCAAGAGGCUAAAGCUGUCCCCCGGUAACAUUCUAGGAUGCUCUGGGUGGAUCCAGAGAGGACAGGAGCCCCGGGAUGGGAGGUGGCAAACACUGAGGGAGCUCUUCGUUCCCAUCCCUGCAAGCCCGAGCUCGUCCUUGGUAGUGUGGGGGAGACAGAGCUCACCAAGGAGGAGUCAGGAAGACACCCAAGGAGGCAGCGGGAGUGGGGUAGUGAAGUCAUGGCGUGAAGGCUGAGGCACCCCAGCAUGCCCCAGGCUGUGCCUCCAUCACGACUGUCCCAGGUGCUCCUUCCUGACCCAGUUUUCCUCCUGCUACCUUUUUGGCGCCUGCAGGUGUUAGGACUUUCCCAUAACCCUCAUCCCUGAUGGGGAGGACUACUGGCUCAGCCAGUUCAGCAGGAACCAUGGUUAGCUUUCCUAGAGUGCCAGGAAAUAGCCACACUCUAUCUAUACCUAAUGCUGAGCUCAGUGCCCUGGUACAGACUUCAAGCUGAAGGAGACUCCCUCUGUCUCUCCCACAUCCAGGACCAGAGGGAUGGAUACCUGUCCCAUGAUGGCCCUUCCCCCCAGGAGCCUUUAUGCCCUUCCCACUGUGCUGUCAUCGAUGCUGGCUUAUGCACAUGGUUGGCUGCCCCCUCCAGCCCCUUGAUGAGCUCUCUCAGCCUGCUCAGGAGAAGCUGGACCUUCUCCCUUUCCUGGUGACCUUCCCCAGCUUGUGGGAGGAAGAGGGGGCGACUUGUUCUCUUCUGCCUGGUAAUUAUCUUCUUCUAGUGUGGGGGAUGCCCAAGGCCUGGCUUCAGGCUGUGGGAGCGCAGAGGAGGAGCUGGAAGAGCAGCCUCCAACAGCUGCCUGCCGGGAGGGCCAGACUAGUUCGCACUUGGAAGUUGGGAUGCCAGGACCGGCCCUCUCUUUCCUCGCCUUCCCGGCCUCCCGGUCAGCUCACUCCACACUGAGAUGAUUCUGAAGUAAGAUGCUCACAGAGACAUCCUGGCUGCUCACAGAGACUCUGCUACAAGAAACAGAGUGAAGUGUCCCCAGGUGGGGUUUACCAGGGCUCAGAGCCUUUGACUCUGCUCCUUCCCUUCCCACGGCUGAGCUGGCACAGGAGCACCUGGGUGAGCUACACCAGACUUUAUCAGGAUGAGACCCCUGAUUCUGUUAGCUGCCCUUCUCUGGCUCCAGGGCUUUUUGGCUGAGGAAGAUGCGUGCUCAUCCUUGGAAGGGAGCCCAGACAGGGAGGGUGGAGGUCCACCCCUGCGUGUAAACAUCAGCAGCCACGGAGAGCCUAGCAGUCUGUUUCUGAGCUGGGUAGCCACAGAGCCGGGUGGAUUUGACUAUACCCUCUGCCUCAGGAGUGUGAACGCCUCGGGUUCUCCGGAAGGGCAGCAGCUCCAGGCACACACAAAUGAGUCCAGCUUUGAGUUCCAUGGCCUGGUGCCAGGGAGUCGCUACCAGCUGGAACUGACCGUCCUAAGACCCUGCUGGCAGAAUGUCACACUUACCCUCAGUGCCCAAACUGCCCCGACAGUGGUCCGUGGACUGCAGCUGCACAGCGCUGGGAGCCCAGCCAGCCUGGAAGCCUCGUGGAGCAGUGCCCUGGGGAAUCAAGACAGCUACCAACUUCUCCUCUACCACCUGGAAUCACAAACUCUGGCAUGUAAUGUCUCUGUGUCCCCCGACACCCUGUCUUACAAUUUUGGCGACCUCUUCCCAGGUAGUCAGUAUGUCUUAGAGGUUGUCACCUGGGCCGGCAGUCUCCAUGCGAAGACCAGCAUCCUCCAAUGGACAGAGCCUGUACCUCCUGAUCACCUAGCACUACGUGCCUUGGGUACCAGCAGCCUGGAAGCCUUCUGGAACAGCUCUAAAGGGGCCACCUGGUUUCACCUGAUGCUCACAGACCUCCUAGGGGGCACCAACCUGACUGCAGUGGUCAAACAAGGGGUCUCAAGCCACACCUUUCUUCACCUGUCUCCGGGUACACCUUAUGAGCUGAAGAUUUGUGUUGCUGCUGGGCCCCACCAGAUUUGGGGACCCAAUGCCACUGAGUGGACCUAUCCCUCUUACCCAUCUGACCUGGUGUUGACCCCCUUACGGAAUGAGCUCUGGGCAAACUGGAAGGCAGGUCUGGGAGCCAGGGAUGGCUAUGUAAUGAAGUUAAGUGGGCCAGUGGAGAGUACGCUUACCCUGGGCCCUGAAGAGUGCAAUGCUGUCUUCCCAGGGCCCCUGCCUCCAGGACACUAUACCUUGUGGCUGAAGGUUCUAGCUGGACCUUAUGAUGCCCUGGUGGAGGGCAGUAUCUGGCUAGCUGAAUCUGCCACACUUCCCAGGGAGGUCCCUGGCGCCAGGCUGUGGCUGGACGGACUGGAAGCUACCAGGCAGCCUGGGAGAUGGGCGCUGCUCUAUUCUGCUGAUGCCCCAGGCCUCCUAGGGAACAUCUCUGUCCCCUCUGGUGCCACUCAUGUCACCUUCUGUGGCUUGGUACCUGGAGCCCACUACAGGGUGGACAUCGCCUCAUCUGUGGGAGAUAUUACUCAGAGCAUCACAGGCUACACGAGUCCCCUGCCACCGCAGUCUCUGGAGAUCAUCAGCCGGAACAGCCCGUCUGACCUGACAAUUGCUUGGGCUCCAGCGCCAGGGCAGCUAGAAGGUUAUAAGGUCACCUGGCAUCAGGACGGUAGCCAGAGGUCACCUGGCAACCUUGUUGACUUGGGCCCUGACGUUUCGAGCCUGACUCUGAAAUCUCUGGUACCUGGAUCCUGCUACACUGUGUCAGCAUGGGCCUGGGCUGGGAACCACAGCUCUGACUCCCGGAAGAUUCACAGCUGCACCCGCCCCGCUCCUCCCACCAACGUGAGCCUGGGCUUUGCCCGCCAGCCUGCAGCACUGAGGGCUUCCUGGUGUCACCCACCGGGUGGCAGGGGUGCCUUUCAGUUACGGCUUUACAGGCUGAGGCCCCUGACACUGGAAAGUGAGGAGAUCCUCUCCCAAGAGGCCCAGAACUUCUCCUGGGCCCAGCUGGCUGCAGGCUGUGAGUUCCAGGUCCAGCUGUCUACCUUGUGGGGGUCCGAGGAAAGCAGUCGUGUCAACGCCACAGGCUGGACACCCCCCUCAGCUCCUACGUUGGUAAAGGUGACCAGCGAGGCCCCCACCCAGCUCCAAGUAUCUUGGGUCCACGCUCCUGGGGGCCGGAGCAGCUACCAAGUGACCCUGUACCAGGAGAGUGCCCGGACAGCCACCAGCAUCACAGGGCCCAAGGCAGACAGCACAAGCUUUCUGGGUUUGACUCCUGGCACUAAGUUCAAGGUGGAAGUCACCUCCUGGGCUGGGCCCCUUCACACGGCAGCAGCCAAUGUUUCUUCUUGGACCUACCCACUCACACCCAAUGAGCUGCUUGUGUCGAUGCAGUCAGGCAGUGCUGUGGUUCACCUGGCCUGGCCCAGUGGUCCCUUGGGGCAAGGGACAUGCCAUGCCCAACUCUCAGAUGCUGGACACCUCUCAUGGGAGCGGCCGCUGCCGCUAGGCCAAGAGCUCCUCAUGCUAAGGGAUCUUAUACCAGGCCAUACUGUCUCCAUGUCUGUGAAGUGUCGGGCGGGGCCGCUGCAGGCCGCUACCCACUCUGUGGUGCUAUCUGUGGAGCCUGGCCCUGUGGAAGAUGUGCUCUGUCAACCCGAGGCCACGUCCCUGGCCCUGAACUGGACGAUGCCUGCUGGAGAUGUGGAUGUCUGUCUGGUGGUGGUAGAGCAGCUGGUGCCGGGAGGGAGCACUCAUCUUGUCUCCCAGGUCAACACCUCGGGGGAUGCUCUCCUGCUCCAUGAAUUGAUGCCUACCACGUCUUACCGCCUUAGCCUCACCGUGCUGGGCAGGAAUAGCCAGUGGAGCCGGGCCGUUACCCUGGUGUGCACUACUUCUGCUGAGGUUUGGCACCCCCCAGAGCUGGCUGAGGCCCCCCAGGUGGAGCUGGGGACCGGGAUGGGUGUGACAGUCACGCGUGGCAUGUUUGGUAAAGAUGACGGGCAGAUCCAGUGGUAUGGCAUAAUUGCCACCAUCAACAUGACACUGGCCCAGCCUUCCCGGGAGGCCAUCAACCUCACGUGGCAUGACCACUACUAUAGAGGACAGGACUCCUACCUGGCUCUCCUGUUCCCGAACCCCUUCUACCCAGAGCCUUGGGCUGGGCCAAGGUCCUGGACAGUACCUGUGGGUACGGAGGACUGUCACAACAGCCAGGAGAUAUGCAAUGGGCAUCUCAAGCCAGGCUUCCAGUAUAGGUUCAGCGUUGCAGCCUUUAGUAGGCUCAGCCCUCCGGAGACCAUCCUGGCCUUCUCAGCCUUCUCAGAGCCCCAGGACAGCAUUUCUCUGGUGGCCAUGCCCCUGACACUAAUGAUGGGAACUGUGGCGGGCUUCGUUGUCAUUGUGUGUGCAGUGCUAUGCUUGCUGUGCUGGUGGCGCCUGAAGGGACCAAGGCGGGAGAAGAGUGGCUUUUCCCAGGAGUUGAUGCCUUACAACCUGUGGCGGAUCCAUCGGCCCAUCCCCAUCCACACCUUCCAGCAGAGCUAUGAGGCCAAGAGUGCACAUGCGCACCAGGCCUUCUUCCAGGAAUUUGAGGAGCUGAAGGAGGUGGGCAAGGACCAGCCCAAGUUAGAGGCUGAGCACCCUGCCAACAUCACCAAGAACCGGUACCCACACGUGCUACCCUAUGACCACUCCAGGGUCAGGCUGACCGAGCUAUCAGGAGAGCCUCAUUCUGACUACAUCAAUGCCAACUUCAUCCCAGGCUACAGCCACCCACAGGAGAUCAUUGCCACCCAGGGGCCUCUCAAAAAGACGCUAGAGGACUUCUGGCGGCUGGUGUGGGAGCAGCAAGUACACGUGAUGGUCAUGCUGACAGUGGGCAUGGAGAACGGGCGGGUCCUGUGUGAGCACUACUGGCCAGCCAACCCCACACCUGUCACCCACGGUCACAUCACCAUACACCUCCUGGCAGAGGAGCCCGAGGAUGAGUGGACCAGGAGGGAAUUCCGGCUGCAGCACGGUACCGAGCAAACGCAGAGGCACGUGAAGCAGCUACAGUUUACUACCUGGCCAGACCACAGUGUCCCCGAGGCUCCCGGCUCUCUGCUCGCUUUUGUGGAGCUGGUGCGGGAGCAGGUGAAGGCCACGCAAGGCAAGGGACCCAUCCUGGUGCACUGCAGUGCGGGCGUGGGCAGGACGGGCACCUUUGUGGCUCUCUGGCGGCUGCUGCGACAACUGGAGGAAGAGCAGGUGGCUGACGUGUUCAACACCGUGUACAUACUCCGGCUGCACCGGCCCCUCAUGAUCCAGACCCUGAGUCAAUACAUCUUCCUGCACAACUGCCUGCUGAACAAGAUUCUGGAAGGGCCCCUUGAUGCCUCAGACUCCGGCCCCAUCUCCGUGAUGAAUUUUGCACAAGCUUGUGCCAAGAGGGCAGCCAAUGCCAAUGCCGGUUUCUUGAAGGAGUACAGGCUCCUCAAGCAGGCCAUCAAGGACGAGACUGGCUCUCUGCUGCCCCCUCCUGACUAUAAUCAGAACAGCAUGGCCUCCUGUCAUCAUUCUCAGGAGCGGUUGGCCCCGGUGGAGGAGAGCCCUGCUGAUACCACGCUGGAAGCCUCGCUCUUCCCUGGUGGGCCGUUUGGUCGCGAUCACGUGGUACUGACUGGCUCGGCCGGACCAAAGGAACUCUGGGAAAUGGUGUGGGAACAUGGCGCCCACGUGCUCGUCUCCCUGGGCUUGCCUGAUACCAAGGAGAAGCCACAAGACAUCUGGCCAAUGGAGACGCAGCCUCUUGUCACAGACAUGGUGACAGUGCACAGAGUGGCAGAGAGCGACACAGCUGGCUGGCCCAGUAUCCUCUUCAGAGUCAUACAUGGGGAGAGUGGAACAGAAAGGCAGGUUCAGUGCCUGCAGUUUCCACGCUGUGAGACUGGGUGUGAGCUCCCAGCUAACACCCUCCUGACCUUCCUUGAUGCUGUGGGCCAGUGCUGCUCCCAGGGCAACAGCAAGAAGCCAGGGACCCUGCUCAGCCACUCCAGCAAAGGCACAAACCAGCUGGGGACCUUCUUGGCUAUGGACCAGCUGUUACAGCAAGCAGGGACCGAGUGCACAGUGGACAUCUUCAGUGUGGCCCUGAAGCAGUCACAGGCCUGUGGCUUUAUGACCCCAACGCUGGAGCAGUAUAUCUACCUCUACAACUGUCUGAACAGUGCAUUGCGGAACAGGCUGUCCCGAGCUGGGAAGUGGCCCGCACCCUGCUAGGUAUCAUGUUCCAGCAAUUCUGCCCCGGCCUGGCUUCCCCAGGAGAGCAGAUCCACUGGGCCUCACACUGUCAAAGGGCAGAGUCCGGGAAUAAAGAGACGUGGUCAAAUCA